AUGUCAUUCGAGAAUUCCGAAGCAAGAAAAAAAAGUUUUGGAACACUUUAUAAAUUAUUGGAUAAUAUUAUAUCUGAAUGUAUUUUAUCUAAAUUAUCAGCCAAGGAAUUAGCUUUAUCCUCCAAAGUAUCCAAAUAUUUUUAUACCUUUUCACAUGAUGAUCAACUAUGGAAAAUACAUUGUUUAGAUAAAUGGGGAAAUGAUUCAAAAAUAAUUAAAAAUUUUAGAUAUAGAGGAUCAUGGUUAUUAAGUUAUUUAUUUCAAGGAGAAGGGGAACAAGAAAUUGUUUAUCGACCAUUACAUUUUCCUGUGGCAAAUGAUCACGGAGGAAAAAAUGGUUAUCUUCCCAUGACAUUAGAAUCCUAUGUACGAUAUAUUAAACUUCAACGGGAUGAAACUCCUUUAUAUAUAUUUGAUCCAAAUUUUAUUGACCGACAUCCAGAAAUGGCUGAAGCUUAUGAGAUACCAAAAUAUUUUCAAGAAGAUUUCUUUGAAGUUUUAACAGACAAACGACCACCAUAUAGAUGGAUUGUAAUUGGUCCAGCAAGGUCAGGAGCAUCAUGGCAUGUUGAUCCUGCUGGAACUUCAGGUUGGGAAAAAAAAAAACCAAUAAAAUUAUUAAAAAUUAUUAAAGUUUUACGAUUACAAAUUUCACGUCAUCAUCAUGGACAUCAUCAAGCAUUACUUUAUAAUGAAGAAGAAGAAUUAAAUUUUAAGAAUUCAACCACAUCAUUAUUUUGGUAUCUUGAAGUAUAUCCACAAUUAUUAUUAGAUGGUAACCUUCCAUUAGAGAUUAUACAAGAACCCGGGCAGACAAUUUUCGUUCCAAGUGGUUGGUGGCAUAUGGUUCUUAAUCUCGAAGAUACUAUCGCAGUUACUCAAAAUUUUGUUAAUAUACAUAAUUUACAAAACGUUUGUGAAGAAUUAAUUGAUGAAAAACGUUAUCAGACGUGGGAAAAUUUUCAUCAAAAUUUAAUAAAAAUCCAUCCAUAUCUGGAACCAUUUAUUCGACAAAAAAUAUUAUUAUUUUCCGAUACAAUUAAUGACCCAAUUAUAUCGGAAGAAGGAUUUUCAUCUAGAACGGAUUUUAUUGAAUCAUUUCAUAAUUUGGAAUUAUGGCAUCCUCGAGUAUUAAAAGCUUUAGAAUUAGGUGGAUUAAAUUUGAAUGAAAAUGAUGAAAUUGAUGUAAUUUUUAAUGGACAAAAUCCAAGAAGAGCCAUGUGGUAUACAUUAUUAUGGGAAUUUGAAGGUGCUACUAGAUAUUUAAUGAAACUUUUACCAGAAAUUAGAGAACUUAAGAAUUGGUAUGAAGUUGAAGAUUUAGUUUGGAAUAUAUAUUCUAUAAAAAACCAAAAGAAAAGAAAAUUUACGGAAAUAGUUUGA